AUUCCUUUAGGCUCUCACGCUCUCUCUCGCUGCCAUGGACAACCGCAACCAGCCCUCGACACUGUCGGCCUUGCCCCCAGGUGCAAUGGCCCCGACUACGACCAUACACACUCCACGCAACGACAGCCCGCCAGCAACACCUUCUCAUCGUUUGCUUGGGCCUGAAUACCCUAUCUCUAGAGAAAAGUCAGCCUCGUGGACAAAUGCGGCCGUUAAUUGUGGGUUUCUCGUUUUUCGGUCUUUCAUGUAUUCAUCUAUGGUAGACGAGUCUGUCGCUGUUACCAAACCAUGGAUACCUUACCCUCUAAGAGCCUGGUUCUGGAUACCCUUUGUUCUCCUGAUGAUACUAGGCGCUAUUGGCUUAGAAGUCGCCCUUUGUUUCAGCAAUAAGAAUUCUGGAUGGGCGACGAAUGACGCUUUCAGCAGUCAGACCGGGGUCCUGCAUUAUGUCUAUACCCUGCCUCCUGUCGCUGUUGCCGCUGUCAUUGUCGCCCUAUGGACAUGGACAGACAUUGAGAUUAAAAAGAUGCAACCUUACGUCGAUCUCGUCCAUGGCGAUUCCCCGCCUAAGCGUAGUCUUUUGCUAGACUAUACCCGGACAAACAACUUCUUCGUAUGGUCGCGGGCGGCGGCCAAUAAACACUAUGUCGUUGCCCUCGCGUCUCUUAUGGUAUUGCUUUCUCUUGCCUUCCAGCCCUUGGCGGCUGCCUUGUUGGUGGUUCGUGACACUUGGUGGGGGUUACCAGAUACUACCUUGAACACCCUCGCUGCCAUUGGAUUGAACCAGAAUCAGAAUUUUGAUGAUCUGACUUCAUUUUUGACGGCGGCAGGGUUCGCGUCCGCUUCCGUCUUGUAUAACUUGGGAAACCCCCCGUUUUUGUUUGAUGGAUAUACUAUUGCUCCGUUUCAGCUUCCGAGUGAUGUUGCGAUCAACAGCACCGUUAUUUACGCGAAUACUACAGCACUCAGGAGCGAUCCUGGAUGCCAAGCCGCAUCCGUCAAUAUGGUCCAAAAUACAGAUGGCAGUGGGUGGAACAACUCUGUAAGCUCAAACGGGUGUAGCAUAUCGUUCGCCGUUGACCGCAAUGCGACGGUCCAGUUCGGCACCGAUAUACCGGUGUGUGAUUCGGAUGUACCCCCGCAAUUCAGCCCAGUGCUGUUCUGGUUCUUCACAUAUGAACCCGAGCCUGCAGCGUCUGCAACACUCUGCUUCCCUUCACUCACCCUCUGGGACGUCAACAUCAACCUCGACUUAGCGAGCGGGAAUAUCACCCAAGUAACGGAAUUGCGUCCUUUCUCUUCUUCGUCUAAUUUUUCGUCAUUAUCUGCGAACGUGACCGGUCCGCCUUUAAACGGGCGUGCGUAUAAUGGGAUCGAGUUUAAUUUGACGAAUCCGGAUAGGUUUGUGAUUGCCAGGAGGAACGCGACACAGCUUCAGAUGCCGGCUGCAGUGUUUCAGGCUGCUGUCCAAAGCCCAGAGGGUUUGACUGGUUCAUUCCAAGCUGAUACGUUUGCGAGGCUGUCUUCGAAUGUCUAUAGGACCUAUUUGGCCCUUAUUGCAAAGACUGUGUACUUCCUAGACGAUAAUGAACCAAUAACGAUCCAGAUGAAGACGGUGCAGAAAAGGAUUUGGUUGAGUGACGUUGCUGUCCAUCUGCUAGCCAUUGCCAUGUUCCUGCUUGCAUUUUUUGCCACGAUUAUCCAAUUACUACAUCGCUACGACCGUCGCAACCUUCGGCUUCUCCAUGAGCCGGGAACGAUUGCCUCGGCUGUGAGCAUCGGUGCACAGACUGGGAUGGGUGAUCUCCUGGCAGGUCGACAGCACCCCGAAGACAUAUCGGCAGCUCUGCAGGAUAAGAAAUUCAGAAUCGAUCCAAAGACGAUGAAGAUUGUAAUGGAGGGGGAAGAUGGAUACGAGAUUGCGACCAGUCCCGGCAUCAUGGAUAGACGUUGGUCUAUGUUUGCUGCGUUGCAGAGUCAGCGAAUAAGUAGAAGGCUUUCUUCGAAAGCCCAAGAUAGUCCCACGACUCCGAAAGAGUUUUUAUCCGAGUAGAGUAGUAGAGGAGUUAAUAUGAUUGGUUUUGACCCCAUUGUGGGGUAAGGUGU